AUGACUUCAAAAUUAUUCUUCCUGGAGAAAAAAUAUCCAUUAAUUCUCAAGAAUCAAGGAAAAGUAAGUUUGAACUUUGAUGAUAUAUUUUGGCUUAUUAAUCCUAUUGUAGGCCAAAUAGCUGGUGUUGAAUGUAAGAGGCCAUAUUGGCCUUAUGAUAAAAUAAUCUUAUCUUUUAAAGGAUGUUACAUUCCAAAAAAAGGAGAUGUUGUUGUGGGAACAGUAAUUAACAAGCUUGGAGAAUUUUAUAAGGUUUCACUCAACUACUCUCAUGAUGGAAUCCUUUCAGAUAUGGCGUUUGAAGGGGCAACUAAAAGAAACAAACCAAAUCUAAUUCCUGGAAAUUAUUUAUGUUCAAGAAUAAGCUAUGUAGACCUUGAAAGCGGGGAAAUCGAGCUUACAUGCAUUACUCCUGAGGAGAAGAAAGCAUGGUCAAAUAACGAAAAUUAUUUGGGGGUUUUAAAAAAUUCCAACUAUAAAAAUACCAAUGUUAUUGAGGAGUACUCAAAAUCCGUCAGGCCCGGAUCUUCUGGAGAAAAUCACUCAUGUAUAAAAGACGGUAUGGCAGUUACUGUGCCCCAGUCUGUUGCUCAAAUACUUCUUGCUGACCAAAGUUAUGUCCUAAAAGUUCUUUCCAAGUACUUUGCCUAUGAGAUUUGUGUUGGACAAAAUGGCGUUGUUUGGUUCUCAGCAUCAACAACCAAAGAAAUGCUUCUCAUUAUGAGUGCUUUAAAAAUUAUACCGAAUUGUACAAAGGCGCAGGCAGUAUACCGCGUAAACAUGCAUAGCUAUGUGCUCGUACUUUUGUAA